UUCUCUUGACACACAAUCGCAUGUAUGUAUGUACAUAGUAUGUAUACAUGAGCGAAAAUGUGAAACAUGUGUAUGGAUAGAUCUCGGACCAGGCUUCAUUCUUGACACUAAUCUUUUCCGAGUCCACCCUGCUCGUACGUACAAUACCAGAGGAGAGCUCUCGUAACCAAAUAAAUUGCAGGCCGGGCGGGGAGGAGAGAAAUAGAGUAUGAAGAAACACACAGCAGAAGCAGAUGGCUUGGGGAACUUGGACAAAGUUGGCCCUAUCUUUGAAUAGAUCAACCCAACUAAUUGUCGAAUUGUCUUUUAGCAAUACUGUAGUUUCUGAUAAAUCUUUACUCAAACAGACGACGUAAUUUGGUCAAUUUAAACAUUUUUCUAAUUGUGCUUCAACAUUCUAGUCACCUAAUUUGUUACUAUUUAAUCAACUACUGUCAUAUUAUUUUUAUUUUUUUGUCAGAAUUAUUGUCUAAUUAUUUGACUUGGCCUACAAAAUCAAUUCCUUAAGCUGUAAAGACAAAAUUUUUGUAAUAUUUAAUCAAAUAUCAUACAAGUUUAUAGUUUAUUAAGGUCCUUUUGCUAAUGGCAGCAUCUAUCCUGAGAGCAUCUACACCAUGCUUCCUCAAGAAUUUACAUAUUCAAAGCUGGUUUUGGUAUAUAUAUACUCAAUUUUUUAAUUGGUUGAUUAUGAUUAUAUUUGUGUGAUGACCGGCUUUUGUUUUGUUAGUUGGCAAUUAACAUGCGAGAUUAUUUUAAGUAUAUAUGAGUAGCCACUGGAACAAAUAGCAGGACACAAAGAUUAUCAGAUACAUUCGUUUCCUCUGUCUAGGCAACUUAGAGAUAGGAGAUAAAAUGGCAAGAAAUUCUGCAAUUUAUAUAGGCCUUCUGGUGAUUGCAUGUUGUUCCAAUGUCAUGGGACUGCCAGGCUACGUUAAAUAUAAAGAUUCGAAGCUGCCAAUAAGUGUUCGGAUUGAGGAUCUUAUGAGCCGGAUGAGCUUAGAAGAAAAAAUAGGCCAAAUGACACAGAUUGAACGAACUCUGGCAUCGACAGAGGUCAUGAACAAGUACUUCAUUGGGAGUGUGCUGAGUGAAGGAGGGAGUGUUCCUGGAGUAAGAGCAUCUGCUGAGGCUUGGGUCAACAUGGUGAAUGAAAUCCAGAAGGGCGCGCUCUCAACCCCCCUCGCGAUUCCAAUGAUUUAUGGCAUUGAUGCUGUUCAUGGUCACAACACUGCAUUCGGGGCUACCAUUUUUCCUCACAACAUUGGUUUAGGGGCUACAAGGGACCCGGAAUUGGUCAAGAAUAUCGGGGCUGCAACUGCUCUUGAAGUCAGAGCUACAGGCAUUUCUUAUGCUUUUGCACCCUGUAUCGCGGUUUGUAGAGAUCCAAGAUGGGGCCGCUGUUAUGAAAGCUAUAGUGAAGAUACCAAUCUUGUUAGAGCAAUGACCGAGAUCAUACCAGGUUUACAGGGGGACAUCCCUGCUUAUUCACAAAAGGGCUUUCCCUUUGUUUCAGGAAAGAAUAAAAUUGCGUCAUGUGCCAAGCACUUUGUGGGUGAUGGGGGAACCAACAAAGGCAUUAACGAAAACAAUACUUUGAUAAGUGAGAAUGGAUUGCUCAGAAUUCAUAUGGCCCCUUACUUUGAUGCUGUCAAAAAGGGUGUAGCAACAAUCAUGAUCUCCUAUUCAAGCUGGAAUGGAGUAAAGAUGCAUGCUAACCGUUAUCUCAUCACUGAUAUUCUCAAGAAUACCUUAAAUUUCAAAGGAUUCGUCAUCUCAGAUUAUCAAGGCAUUGACAGGAUAACUACACCAUCUCACGCCAAUUACACAUUUUCAAUUGAGUCUGGAAUUAAUGCUGGUAUAGAUAUGAUCAUGGUGCCAAAAGCGUACGAGGAAUUCAUUGAUGGUCUAUCUUCUCUGGUAAGGAAUAAGUUUGUCCCAAUGACCCGAAUCAAUGAUGCAGUUGAAAGGAUUUUACGAGUUAAGUUCGUUAUGGGUCUAUUUGAGGACCCAUGGGCUGAUCUCAGCAUGGCCAAGUACCUAGGAAGUAAGGAACAUAAAGAACUGGCACGAGAGGCUGUACGAAAAUCACUUGUUCUUCUAAAGAAUGGGAAAUCUGCAGACCAGCCAUUGUUACCCCUGCCUAAAAAGGUGCCAAAAAUACUUGUAGUCGGAAAGCAUGCCAACAAUAUAGGAUAUCAGUGUGGUGGCUGGACAAUUGAUUGGCAAGGGCAAGAUGGCAAUAUCACAGUUGGUACCACAAUCCUCAAUGCCAUAGAAAGUACAGUUGACAAAAAGACUGAAGUUGUGUAUCAAGAAAAUCCUGAAGCAGACUUGUUCAAGGCUAAUACAUUUUCUUAUGCCAUUGUAGUCGUGGGAGAGGCCCCAUAUGCAGAGACCUUUGGAGAUAGUUUAAAUCUAACAAUUCCCGAGCCUGGUCCUAGCAUUAUAAGCAAUGUUUGCGGAUCAGUAAAAUGUAUUGUUGUCCUCUUCACUGGCCGUCCUGUUGUGAUUCAACCAUAUUUAGCUAACAUCGACGCCCUGGUAGCUGCUUGGCUUCCCGGGACAGAAGGACAGGGCAUUGCAGAUGUUUUGUUUGGGGACUAUGGUUUUACAGGAAAGCUUCCCCAGACCUGGUUCAAGACAGUUGAUCAGCUGCCAAUGAAUGUAGGGGACUCACAUUAUGACCCACUGUUCCCAUUUGGAUUUGGCCUUGCUACAUAAUCAAAAAUUUCAGAGCCAAGUAGCUUUUUUAUUUUUUCGUGUCUUAAUGUUGAUCAUAGUCAUUUCCAUCAUCCUUGGAAAUAAUUAUACCUAACAAGUAGUAUUCGAAUAAUAUUCUUGAAUGAUUUUAUCAA